UUGCUACAUAACCUACUUUCUUCUCCUCAUUCAAUUUGUGUUUCCUGAGCAAAUCGGUUUCUAAAUUUACAUUUCUAAAUGGAUGCCGCUCAGGUGAUGUUAUCUGGUUUGGAUGAGAAGAUCAGAGUCUGGGAUACACGACAGGGAAAAUGGUUUUCUUUUAUUUGGCUGAUGUUGGUGUAACAGUGGGAUGCAUUGCAGUAUCUGGUUUGAAUUAGUAGUUUGUAUCGAAGCAGCAAUGCAUAUAUGUCAUAUGCGUUGCUCAGACCAUCUUCUCGAUCUUACUCAUCACAAGUGGAUGUGCCAACCAGACGUAUCACUUCCAUUCUUUAUUACAAAGGAUAUGCAGUUGGAUCGGUACACGAGCGACUAGCGUUAGAUUCAAUUGACAUUAAGCAAGUCAUGAGCUACAAUUAUCAAGAAGCUAAAGAGUUUCAAGACCGGAGCCAUCAACCACUCGGCCAUCUCUCCGAAAUUUUUCUUUUUCCUCACUGCUCUGUCGCAGGGCAGAGCCUGCUCAAGUGUUUAUACAGAGGUUUAAUGACAAGUGAGCAGAAGAAUAACUCUAGGCUCUUGGUUAACUCAAACGUUAAGCUUAGCAAAGUAGAUCUGUGUUAUGUGUUACACACAUGA